ACACUACAUGACAAUGACAGUGAUGUCAAACUGUCAUUGCGACAAUCGGCGUAUUGUGUUGUUGGCAAAGUUAAAUAAAACUUUUAUAUCUUUGUAAACUGAGUAAGAAAGAACUGAUGUUACGAUUGUAACAUAAGGUAAAGAGAAAACAGCAAAAACUAGUCGCUAUGACGGAACAACAUCCAAAAAAGUCUGUUAAAAUUGUUGUCUUAGGGGAUAUAGGUAGAAGUCCGCGAAUGCAAUACCAUGCCUUAUCAUUGAGUGAUAAUGGUCUAAAGGUUAAUAUCAUCGGUUACACGGACUCUUCUCCGCUUACAGAAGUACUUGAAAACCCAAAUAUAACUAUAACUCAACUUCACAGCUGUAAUUUUGAUAAGGGUCCGAGAUUUUUACAACUUAUAUUAAAAGCAGUUUGGCAGGCAAUUAGUUUGUUUCUAACUCUUCUUAUAACAGGAAGUUGUGACUACCUGCUUUGUCAGAAUCCUCCAGCCGUCCCAACACUGCCAGUGUGCCGACUGUACUGCUUAGUUACAAGAACAAGAUUUGUUAUAGACUGGCAUAAUUAUGGACAUACCAUCAUGGCAUUAUCAAUAUCUCCGAGUCUUAAAAUUUUACUAAAGAUUUACACUUUUUUAGAAAAGUACUUUGGUCAGUCAGCACAAUAUAAUCUUUGUGUCACAUAUGCUAUGAAAGAAGAUUUAUUAGAUAAUUGGAAUAUAAACGCUACAGUACUUUAUGACAGACCACCUCACAUAUUCCAUCCAAUAACUCUACAGGAAAAACAUGAUUGGUUUGUUAAAUUUUGUCAAAAGUAUCCAGAACACUUUACACAAAAUGAUGUCGGGAACUCUGGUGAUUUAAUGACUACACCUUUCACACAAAUAAUAGAUAAUGAUAUUAAACUAAGACAAGACAGGCCUGGAUUACUGUUUAGUAGCACCAGCUGGACUCCGGAUGAGGAUUUUGGUAUAUUACUAGAAGCAUUGCAAGUAUAUGAAACAACAUAUGAUUUAACUAAAAGUCUGCCAAAACUGAUUUGUGUUAUAACCGGCAAAGGGCCCAUGAGACAGCAUUACUUAGACUUGAUAGCUUGUAAAAGUUGGCGACAUGUGACUGUGUUCACUCCCUGGUUAGACGCCUGUGACUACCCCACUAUGGUGGCCAGUGCCGAUUUAGGGGUUUGCUUACACACCAGUUCCUCCGGCCUGGAUCUACCUAUGAAGGUUGUUGAUAUGUUUGGGGCUGGUUUACCAGUUUGUGCUGUUUCUUUUAGAUGCCUUGAAGAGUUGGUGCAACAUGGUGUUAAUGGUUACAUAUUCAAGACAAGUGAUGAACUUUCAAAGCUCAUUGUGGGCUGGUUUGAAGGUUUCCCCAGUAAUGAUGAGAAGAACAGGACGGCUCAAGAAAUGAGAAGAGAACUCACCAAAUUCCAAGAAACAAGAUGGGAGGGAAAUUGGAACUUAAGAGCAAAGAAAUUUUUCGAAUGAUUGAUUUAUAUGUUAUAGUAAAUUGUAAUUAAUUGUUAAUUUAGAGGAUAAAAAAUACUAUAGUAUAUGUAGGUAUAAAAAGGACUACUUUUUUACCUUUAUGUGUUUUGAUAAAUUUUUAUGGUGAUAAUUGUUAAAAGAAAUGAGAGAUUGUUAUUAUUUUAAUACUUAAGAGACAAUAAAU